GGUGAGCAAGCCAGCAGUGAUCCACCGGCAUCAUGGCUUCCACAUUGGAGAGGAAGUGUUUUUAGCACACCCUAGAAGAAAAUAGCCAUUCAUUGUUGAAUAUCUGAGCCCAUUCUAGUCUCAUAUUGGGACUGAGGGGCCGGGCCGCCCUCUUCUCUCCCCCGACCGCCUCUAGAACGAGGAUCUACAGUGUUUUUAUUGUGAGUUUACAUCCAUAAAUCGUGGAAGAUGGCCGACGUACCGGCGGAGUGCACCAUCAAAGUGAUGUGCCGUUUCAGGCCCUUAAACAGUUCAGAGGUGGCCAGAGGGGACAAAUACAUACCCAAGUUUCAAGGGGAAGACCAUGUGGUCGUCGGGAGCAAACCGUUCCAGUUUGACAGAGUGUUCCAGCCGAAUACGACACAGGAGCAAGUAUACAACGCCUGCGCCCAGAAGAUCGUCAAAGAUGUUCUGGAGGGGUACAACGGGACAAUAUUUGCAUACGGACAGACGUCAUCCGGCAAAACCCACACGAUGGAGGGUAACCUCCAUGACACAGAUGGGAUGGGGAUUAUCCCCAGGAUAGUGCAGGACAUCUUUAACUACAUCUACUCUAUGGACGAGAACCUAGAGUUCCACAUCAAGGUUUCAUAUUAUGAAAUUUACUUGGACAAGAUUCGGGACCUCUUGGAUAUGUCAAAGACCAACCUGUCAGUGCAUGAAGACAAAAACAGAGUUCCCUAUGUCAAGGGAUGCACUGAGAGAUUUGUCUGCAGCCCAGAGGAAGUCAUGGACACCAUUGAUGAAGGCAAAUCUAACAGACAUGUAGCAGUUACAAACAUGAAUGAGCACAGCUCCAGAAGUCACAGUAUCUUCCAGAUCAACGUGAAGCAGGAGAACACUGCUACAGAGCAGAAACUCAGCGGAAAGCUCUACCUCGUCGACCUGGCAGGAAGUGAAAAGGUCAGUAAGACUGGGGCGGAGGGAGCCGUGCUGGACGAGGCCAAGAACAUUAAUAAGUCUCUGUCUUCACUGGGCAACGUCAUCUCAGCCCUGGCAGAAGGCUCUGGCUAUAUCCCGUACAGAGACAGUAAAAUGACCAGAAUCCUUCAGGACUCUCUGGGGGGUAACUGUAGGACCACCAUUGUCAUAUGUGCCUCUCCUUCUGCCUACAACGAGUCAGAGACAAAGUCCACCCUCAUGUUUGGACAGAGAGCGAAGACCAUUAAGAACACGGUGUGUGUGAACGUGGAGCUGACGGCAGAACAGUGGAAGAAGAAGUAUGAGAGGGAGAAGGAGAAGGGAAAGGCCCUGAGGAACACCAUCACCUGGCUGGAGAAUGAGCUCAACCGCUGGAGGAACGGUGAGAGUGUGCCGGUGGACGAGCAGUUUGACAAGGAGAAGGCCCAGGCUGAGGUGCUGGCCCUGGACAAUGUGCCCAACGACAAGCCUGCCUCUACCCCCAACAUGCCCCAGCUCCGUCUGACCGACGCAGAGAAGGACAAGUGUGAAGGGGAGCUGGCCAAGCUUUACAAGCAGCUGGACGAUAAGGAUGAUGAGAUCAACCAGCAGAGCCAGCUGGCUGAGAAGCUCAAGCAGCAGAUGUUGGACCAAGAGGAGCUGCUGGUGUCAUCGCGACGCGACCAUGACAACCUGCAGUCAGAGCUGAACCGCCUGCAGGCUGAGAACGAGGCUUCCAAGGAUGAGGUGAAGGAGGUGCUGCAGGCCCUGGAAGAGCUGGCUGUUAACUACGACCAGAAGAGCCAGGAGGUGGAGGAAAAGACCACAGAGUUUGAGAUGCUCAACGAAGAACUCAACCAGAAAUCGAACGUCCUGACGUCCAUUGACUCUGAGCUGCAGAAACUGAAGGAGAUGACCAACCACCAGAAGAAGAGGACCAGUGAGAUGAUGUCAUCACUACUCAAAGACCUGGCAGAGAUUGGCAUCGCCGUGGGCAGCAACGACAUCAAGCAACACGAGGGCAGUGGUCUGAUAGACGAGGAGUUCACGGUGGCUCGUCUGUACAUCAGUAAGAUGAAGUCGGAGGUGAAGACCAUGGUGAAACGCUGUAGGCAGCUGGAGAGCACCCAGUCAGAGAGCAACCAGAAGAUGGACGAGAAUGACCAGGAGCUGGCCACCUGUCAGCUGAGGAUCCAACAGCACGAGGCUAAGAUCAAGUCCCUGACAGAGUACCUUCAGAACGUGGAGCAGAAGAAGAGACAGCUGGAGGAGAACGUUGACUCUCUGAACGAAGAACUGGUCAAGAUCAGCGCCCAGGAGAAAGUCACAGCCAUGGAGAAGGAGAACGAGAUCCAAUCUGCCAAUGAAGUCAAGGAGGCUGUGGAGCAGCAGAUCGCUGGUCACCGUGAGGCCCAUCAGAAACAGAUCAGCAGUCUGAGAGAUGAACUGGACAGGAAGGAACACCUCAUGACUGAACUGCAGGAUCUGAACCAGGAGAUCAUGCUGGAACAGGAGCGCCUCAGGGUGGAACACGACAAACUCAAGUCCACUGACCAGGAGAAGAGCCGGAAGCUGCACGAGCUCACGGUGAUGCAGGACAGGAGAGAGCAGGCCAGACAAGACCUGAAGGGAUUGGAGGAGACCGUGGCCAAGGAGCUCCAGACCCUGCACAACCUGAGGAAGCUCUUUGUCCAGGACCUGGCUACCAGAGUGAAGAAGAGUGCUGAGAUGGACUCUGAUGACACAGGAGGCAGCGCAGCUCAGAAACAGAAGAUCUCCUUUCUGGAGAACAACCUGGAGCAGCUUACCAAGGUUCACAAACAGUUGGUGCGUGAUAAUGCAGACCUGCGUUGUGAGCUUCCUAAACUGGAGAAGCGUCUGCGUGCUACGGCUGAGCGGGUCAAGGCCCUGGAGUCGGCCCUGAAGGAGGCCAAAGAGAACGCGGCACGCGACCGCAAACGUUACCAGCAGGAGGUGGAUCGCAUCAAAGAGGCCGUCAGGGCCAAGAACAUGGCCAGGAGGGGCCACUCCGCUCAGAUCGCCAAACCCAUUCGUCCUGGCCAGCCCCCAGUGGCGUCCCCCACCCACCCCAAUGUGAACCGCAGCGGAGGGGGUUUCUACCAGAACAGCCAGACCGUGGCCAUCAGGGGAGGGGGAGGCAUGAAGUCAGACCAGAACAGCUGAGGACAGGAUGGGGCGUGACCACAGAAGAAGCAGAAGGAUAUCACCCUGACCAUCUGUCAUCCCAUUACAGCCAUUGGCUCCCUGCAGGGUAUAUAUUAGAGAGAGGGAGGAGUUUUAAUAUAAAUAUAUAAAUAUUCCUUGCCUGUACAGAUCCACCUACCCUCAUGUUUCUUCUCUCUGAAACAAACAACAACAACAACAACAAAGAAAUGAAUUUAAUAUACAAAACAACACAACAAGACAUCCACCAACCACAGAGUUCAGUCUUGGCGUAAUGAACUACACGUGACUUGAAUGUGUUGCUUUGUUUCAUUGCACAGUUUGUUGUCAUGUAUGUCUUAAGGUUUAGUCUGCACUGUGCCAAGUUGAACGUAUUGUAACCAGGAUUUCAAAAAAGAUGACAGGAUAAAGAAAAAGCCACUGGAAAAUAAAAGACAGAAAAGGAUCCUUGAUACCACAAAUGUUAUUUCGCUAAUCUCUUGUACAGCACAUUUCAUUACUAUCCUCCUGGUUGUACCACACUUCUUUCGCUGAAUAGAUUUUACAAGCUUCUUAAAAGGUUUGAACCGAAUAGAUGGCUAUUGAGCACUACUGUCCUGUUGUACAGAUGUAAUAUGGCACUGCACAUGCUUCCUUAUGAGGUGUUUGGAUUUGAAAUGACAAGAGGUGCGACUACAGUGUAGAUUUAUUUAAUGACAGAAUACCUGUGGUGGCCAUUGUUUUUAUUGUAAGGAAAAUAAAGCUACAGGUUCUGGUGAGGUGGCUACAUUAAACGUGUGUGAGAAGGAAAGAGGAGUCCGAUCAGGAGUGAGCUGUCAUGUCUACAUCCCAAAUGACACCCUAUCCCUUAUAGUGCACUUCUUUUGAACAGGGCCAAUAGGGCUCUGGUCAAAAGUAGUGCACUAUAUAAGGGAUAGGGUUCUAUUUGGGCCACUCCCUCUAUACCUUAUCACAGCCUAUUCAGUCAAGUGCUGGUUUUAAACGGUUUUAAAAGCUGGUUGUUAUUUAUCUAUCUGCACAUAGGAGCACAUGCAUAGACUACUGGUCCACUGAGAUGGGUGGCACACAUGCUUGUCCUGUCCUAGCUAGCUAGCUCUCAUCCAUUCACCACAUUUGUCCUGACCUCCUCUCUUAACAAAUCAAGGAUAUUGGCUGGUGGCUGUUUUACAUUUUCUUUGUACAUUUUAACUGUUUAUAGUUUCGUUUUCUUAUCAAGGGGCUCCUAUUUGGUGCCCUCCCUGUCAUGUGAAGUGGAUUAAACAAAGUGAAUAAAUGAUGCUAUUGGAUACUGCUAUAUUUUAUCCAUCCAUCUCUUUGUUUGAAUCAAUACUUUUCCCAGAGCCUUGUAUUGAGAAUCAGACUUUUCCCAAAAUAUACCUUUUUUUUCUCUGUAGAUCUAUGGCUAAAAAUGACUUACUACCCAAAGUCCGCUCUAAGGCUAACAGUUACUACCCAUUGAGUCCGCUCUAAGGCUAACAGUUACUACCCAUUGAGUCCGCUCUAAGGCUAACAGUUACUACCCAUUGAGUCCGCUCUAAGGCUAACAGUUACUACCCAUUGAGUCCGCUCUAAGGCUAACAGUUACUACCCAUUGAGUCCGCUCUAAGGCUAACAGUUACUACCCAUUGAGUCCGCUCUAAGGCUAACAGUUACUACCCAUUGAGUCCGCUCUAAGGCUAACAGUUACUACCCAUUGAGUCCGCUCUAAGGCUAACAGUUACUACCCAUUGAGUCAGCUCUAAGGCUAACAGUUACUACCCAUUGAGUCCGCUCUAAGGCUAACAGUUACUACCCAUUGAGUCCGCUCUAAGGCUAACAGUUACUACCCAUUGAGUCCGCUCUAAGGCUAACAGUUACUACCCAUUGAGUCAGCUCUAAGGCUAACAGUUACUUACAACCCAUCGGUAGAGUCAAGUGCACAUGUAACCUUACUGUGGAUCGCUGUACUGUGUCUGUCUCACUGUUCCCUAGUUUGACAAGUAGAUUGGAUCUGGAUUGGUCGGAUGGUUGGGAUGGCAGUGUUUGAUUGGCCCACCCUUGCCACUGAUCAGCCAGUCAGAUGAGCAGGGCCUUGGGUUAGGAAGGAGAACAGGGUGAAAGUUCCCCUGGACGCUGAUCCAGUUUAGUAUUUCCCCCACUGAUGGUAAAGGUUAGGAUUGGGGGAGGGGAAGCUGAUCCUAGGUAUGUACCUAGGGGGAACGUGGUUUGGUUGUCUGCUGGUAAACUAGGGCUUCGUCCGAAAUGGGACCCUAUUCCCAUUUCAGACUCAGCCCAUUUCAGACUCAGCCCAUUUCAGACUCAGCCCAUUUCAGACUCAGCCCAUUUCAGACUCAGCCCAUCCUAAAGAAGUCAGUCUUUUGGAGUGGUUUAUUCAUCAAAUAUCUAGUCAGGCGCCAAGGACUACACAUUUCAGAUAUAUUUUACACUUCUUCUCUUCUUGCAUUUUUUAAACGUCUUCCCAAAUCCCCUUCGAUGAUCUUUCCCCUUCUAUAUUAUUAUUAUAUAUGAGAGUCAAAUGUUUCCCCAUCUCUUGAUUUUAUGUCCUGGUGUAAAUUCCGAAGCAUCUGCAAAGACGUUGCUGUGAUUGUAGCCCAGCGUGAAUCAAACCACUGACAUCUUGUGACUCGAAUAUGACUAUACUGUAUAUCAACAAUAUAUUGUUAGGUGUGACCAGGGUUGACUCUUUUUAAUAGUCUUUAGCCAUGACAUGGUGAUGGUGUUUUAUGAAAUUAACUGUUGUUGUCUUGGAAGGAUUAUACAUAAAAAUGGAUAGUACUUCAGAAUUCUUCUCCAGAUACACCUGCGCUUUAAUGUACACCGUAAAUUUGGUUAUUUUUUAAAACACUUCAUAUCUGUGGUAACUUAUGAGGGGGGAAGUGUAAAACAUUUUCCAAAGUCUGAUAAAUGUAACUUAAAUGUAUGUUGCUUUGUUUACAUGAUUGGCAUAGUGCUCUAUUUGCUGUUAUUACAGGCUAGUUUGGGAGAGGUAGGUAGUCUAUACCAAUGACAGGACAAUGCUUUGUGUCUAUCAAGUUUUCCUCUUUGUAACCUUUAGAACAGGAAACGCUUUGCAACAUGGUCUUCGAAGUGCAUAGUUACCUCAUCCUUACCUGCCCAGGGUUCUACUGUAAUGGAUUGAAUGGCUAUGAAAUGGUAAAGUCUAGAAAAAGAAGCACAAUAACAACCAUUUGUCCAUGGUGUUUACCAACCAUUUGUUUACCAACCAUUUGUCCAUGGUGUUUACCAACCAUUUGUUUACCAACCAUUUGUCCAUGGUGUUUACCAACCAAAUUCAUUUGUUUGCAUUGAUUCUAAAGAAAAGCAUAGGCACUUUUUUAUUACUGUGUAAUAGUUACUCAACCAUUUCUAAUUGACAGAUGAAGACAAAGGAACUGGAUGGACAAAGGUAUUGGAUCAUUCUUAGGCUCUGUCCCAAAUGGUGUCCUAUUUCCUGUGUAGGGCACUACUUUUGACCAGGGCCCCUAGGGCUCUGGUACAUUGGGAAUAGGGUGCCAUUUGGGAUGGAACCAUAGAGAACUGGGCCACAAUCGCAGCACUCUGAUCGGAGGAGGAGGGGAGGUUAAAGGUUAAUGAUGAUAUCACCUUUUUGGAUUGACUGCAUGAUGUAAAUGUAUGUGUGAUUAAAUAAUUAUGAGAAAAACA